CUAUUUUCGUACAGGGAAGUAAACUCUGUUUAUUGUGUGUCAUUUUGUGAAAAUUGGAUUUAAGUGUCUACAUAAUUCAAUAGUCAUAGUGAACUAUUUAAAAUACCGCAAAAAAUGCUGUUUGUUUCUCACUAAGAACAUCAUGACAGAGUGAAUUUUAAUUGGUUUAUUUAUUUUAUUAACAUUCAAUUAUGGCUGAGCGCCACGGUGGCAUGGCUCUAAAUAUAUCUCCUGGUGACCCGCCACAACCUUCUCCAAGAUCACCUUUUACACGUGCAUGGCCAACGUUCAACCAGAAUGAUCUAAAUAAAUCAACACGAGCAGACAGUAUUGACGACAACACUAAAGUACCUGGAUAUGACAACAAUUUACCUACUAGUUCAAAUGAUCCACACAAUAGGCGAGGACGUACCAAGCGGAGAAAUCGGCGUUACACGUUGUCAAUUUUUGAGAAGGAAUUAGAGGAAGCUAAGAGGCUUAUAGAAGCUAAAGUAGAUCCUAGUCACCAUGGUUAUGACAUUUCCGCUACAAAUACAUAUGACAAUAACAAAGCAAAGCUUCUAAAUGAUAAUUUGGAUAACAGAUCAAGUGAUACUGAGCCUAAGGCGCCGUAUAUACCGCCGAGGAACGAUAGCCCGAGACCUUACAGUAGGCCUGAGAAGGUUUACGCACGCUAUGUUCAAGAAGGGGACAGAAAUCUCAUGCUUAUCUAUGAACCAAAAGAAACCAAAUCUGAAAUCUAUUAUAAACAAGUUGGUAAUAAGAAUGUUAUUGUACAUCUAAAUUUGAGUUCUAACCUGUGCCAGCUCAUUGAUCCAGUUAACAAGGGCAUCAUACCUCUAGACAGUGAGGGUGAAGUUUGGUUAGAAAUAAAACGCCGGAGUCAGUUACAAUCUGACGACAUGUCAGAUGUGACGUCAUUGUCGGAUAAUGUGUUCGAAAAUCAUAUACACAGCGGGGUAAGACGGGAAAAUGAUUAUGUUGCGAACAUUCCACGUAACGACAGUUAUGUUGAAGGAAAGAUUGGCCGACGUGAACCAACUGAAAACUCGGACAUGGGAGAUAUAAGUAACGAAAAAUAUUAUGAAUUUGACACACCAGAAGACGACGAGGAACCGUAUAACACAAUCAGUAUAAAAGAACGAGGUGACUCUUUAAUGAUAAAGUUUGAAAAAUGGAAUCAACAUGGCGUACUAAACCCUGAAAGUCUAAAGGAUUCCCCGAUUCUGAGUCAUGACAAGGUGAUAGAUUUUUUAAAAAAUAAAGGAAAUGAUUUCGAUAUGAGUAUUUGUGACUGGGAGUAUGAAAAGGAGGAGUCUGUCUACAGUUACAUCUCUUCAAAUCUAGCACUAGUUGAAAUAAAUGAAGAUUAUACUGAAAUUCCACCGGAUAUACAACAAUAUCGUCGACCACGUGUCAAGGAACUGGAAGAACGCGAGGCUUCAACAUUCGGGCAGUCAGGCGAUCCAUGCUACGACUCCCCUAUAGAAGAACAUAAAGCAGACGAAGGUGAGACAGAGAUUUAUUCAAGAAUAAACAAGCUUGGAAUUAGGGCAACUAAUGAAAAAGAAAUACACCGGUCGAUAUCGGACCCUGCUAAAAUGAGAGCACCUCCUGUAGAAAAUAAAGAAAUGAGUAAGCAAAAGGUGGUUUCCAGAACCAGUGAUCCGGAAAAAUAUUUGAAAAAGCCUGGAGUACCUGCUAGACCGCCAAAACUUCCUCCAAAACCAGCAGAUCUAAGUCAACACAAAUGGUAUCACGGAAAAAUAGAAAAAUAUGUCGCUAAAGAAAGAUUGAAAGGAAAAGGGCAUGGCAGUUUUCUGGUACGGGACUCUGCAAAUAGCAGGGAUACAGCACACCAGUACACUAUAGAGUUUAUAGAUGGUAAUGCUGUGAAGAAACUUAUGAUUAUGAAAACCAAGGAUAAAUAUCACUUUAAGGAAUAUGAAGAUAAGACCAGUGAGAAAAACGAAGUUCACAUUGAGAAAUUUGAUCGUGUGGAGUACUUGAUACAGACCAUCAUGACUAACGGGCUCGAGGUGAAGGACAGCACGUGCAAUACCUGGAAAAAUAUAAAAGUGAAACCAGUGCAACAUCCGUAGCCAGUGCUUUUAUGGAGAAACAAUUUAGUGUGGAACUUAUACAUCACGCAACACACGCACACACACACACGCGCGCGCACGCACUCUUAAGAAUUGGUACAUAUAGUUUUUUCUCAAAUCCGAAUUUGUUUAUAGGACCUCAGUGUUUGAAUAUUUAUUUGUAUAAAAUAGUUGAAUCUAUUUCUGAAAAAUCAGUCCUCAACCCUUAGUGUGUGUUUCGGGUAGAUAUCAUUUAAAAGUUUAUUUAUUCUGCCGUCGUCGUUCACUUGCUUACAACAUGUUGGUUGAACUUUAUUGAUACUUUGCAAAAAGCUUUGGUGAAGUAAAGUUUGCUAGUUUUGUUAUAGCUAGAGAUUUUUGCAGCUCUUUGAAUAUUUUGAAGUUCGUUUAUUAUGAUGGCAAGCGAUCGUGGGGGAAUUACAAAGUAUAAUAAAGUCAAAACUCAUGUACUACUCGGUAAAAAAAAAUAAUGCAUCCUUAUAAAAGUUUUAAGAAGUAUACAAUGAUAUAACUGUGUGAGAACAUAGUUUUAGUUAGGUUAAAAAGAUAAAACUCAGUUGAUAUAUGUUUAUGGGAUUAACACUGCAGCCAGACCUAUGAUUGUGUCAGCACUGUCAGACAACAUGUGGUGGUUGAGUUUCGCACCAACUCUUUUUGAGGAAAAUAGUCAACCGAUGUUGGUAUCUGACUGAAGCGAACCAUAUUACCGGAAGCUAUGAAGCUUCUAGGCGACUUGAAUGUCUCCUGUUGGUAACCGUGUACAGUUAUUAGCCAGUUAAGCCUCUGAUUUGAUUUUUCUUAUUAUCACUUAUAUUUUCAUUUCAGUACAUGUUUAAAUCUAUGAUAAUCUAUAUUUAAUUUAUUACGGUCAAGUCAAGUCAAUACUUUUAAUUUAUCUGACAUCUAUUACCUACUGUCUUAAGUCUAAUGCCAUUUGCCUGUUUAUUUGCUUAUUAUUUUGUUUUUGCACCUCUUAGUACGUUGUAUUUGUUAGCUCGCAAAAUAAUUUUUGAUCUCUUUUCAGUGCAUAUACCUCGAAAUAUUCAAAUUCUUAAAAUAUCAAAAUUGUACAAUCAACCAAACAACUAUAACUCAUUUACUUUUGAUUUACAUACAGGCUCCGCUCUGGGAAGUAGAGCAACCCAUUUGUAUGUAUUUGUUUGAAUGCUUUUACAGAUCUGAUGUAUGCAUGCGUGUAUAAAAUAUACAACAGUAUAUGAUUGAUUAAACUAAAAAAAUGAUUUUUUUACCCAGAAUAUCUCUCGUUAAUUAUGGUGCUACAUACCACCAUUCUUGUGAAGAGCCAACAGGUUCUGUUUCUAUGUUCUUGCAUGAUUAUUUAAACCAAUGAUAUGUUAAUAUAUUUUUGUUGAAAUGUUUCUCUUGCACUGCAUUUAUAAUUGUUCCGUUGCCAUAUUUCCGUCAGUGUAGAUGUUAAUGGCUACCUUUCGUUAGAAACUCUGCUUUGUAUUUCCAAUUCACAAUAUUAUUGCAUUCUAUACCCCAUCAAGUUACAUUGGUUCAGGAAACGGCAAUAUUUUCCAUACACUUACGUCUGAAUUUCAUAUCGGGUUCGUGACGUAAUUAAAUGUGUGUCGUUACAUUAAUUGUUUUAUUUAGUUCCGUACUGCCAAUCUUAUUCAGGCUAUUGAACAAAUUCAUAAAAUUUACAUUACAUUUAUACGUGUAGAUAUGCAUUCGAUUGUGAAUUCAGACAAAGGUGUGUAAUAAAAUGUACCUCUAAAGCCGACUAUAUUGCAUCAAUUCUGUUUUAUGCUACUUGAUAAAAAUAAUGCAUUUGUUGUUGUUGUUGUAUUUUUGUUCGUAAUCUUUGAUGAUAGUAAAAGAUGGAAGACUGGUUA